GGUGAAUUUAUAUUUUAGAACCAAAAUUCAAAUUGAUCUUAAAUACUACAAAUAAAUAAAUACAACCAAUUUGAAGGAUGCCUAAAUUACAUCCGCGUAUUAGGCGUGAUCUGCCCCAAAACAUUCCAUAAUCCAUAGUAUACUCUCUAUCUAUAUGAACUCCCAUUGUAUUUUUCUCUCGUCUUCCUUACUUCAGCCGUCUUUCUUUCUUUCUUCUUCCAUUGUCUAAACCCAACUCACCAUUCUCCCAAAUCCCUCCAUUGAAACGUUUAUACUCAAUUUGAUCAACUACCCACAAAUUUUAAACUCACUUAAUCAUUCUCAAAGCUUCAAAACUCAACUUUUAGUCAGAAAAUAACAGAUUUUUCUUUGUGGGUAUGAUUAAAAUCUGAUUGUAUAAUUGGGUUAUUACUUUUUGGUCUCAAGUCUGUAUAAAAAAUGCAAUUUUUGGUGGUUUGAUAUUUCCCAAGUGAUGAUUUUUGUUAGUUGGACUAAGUCUAUUAAUAAAAAUCUAAUCUUUUGAUUUUUUAAAUGGUUGUAGACAUUUUGGAUGUAUGUCAUGCAAUGAAAGCAACUUCAUAAGGUUUGAAGAUUUCAGGAUUUUGACAACACGGUUUUAGAAAAAUAAAUCAAUUAUUAACAAUUUUUCUGACCAUUUUUUUGGGUUAUUUAACAAGGAUUAAGGUCAAGUACUGCCAUUGUUGUGGAGUUCAACACUUGAAGGGAGGCCAAUGCGUCAACCACAGGUUACAUUUGCUAGGCGGACUCCGUCGGGUCGUUAUGUCAACUAUUCUAGAGAUAAUCUAUCAAGAGAGGAUCUUGAUAGUGAGCUUAGUAGUAUGGAGUUUAUGAAUUACACAGUUCAUAUCCCUCCUACUCCUGAUAAUCAGCCCAUGGACCCUUCAAUUUCUCAAAGAGUGGAGGAGCAAUAUGUUUCGAAUUCCCUUUUUACGGGUGGUUUUAAUAGUGAAACUCGUGCUCAUUUGAUGGAUAAGGUGACGGAAUCUGAGGCUAGCCAUCCUCAGAUGGCGGGGGUAAAAGGGUCUUCGUGUCAAGUCAAGGGUUGUGACGGGAAGGUGAUGAGUGAUGGAAGGGGUAAUGAUAUUCUCCCGUGUGAAUGUGACUUUAAGAUUUGUCGGGAUUGUUAUAUUGAUGCUGUUAAAGGAGGUGAGGCUAUGUGCCCUGGGUGUAAAGAGCCUUAUAAGCAGACCGAUUUGGAUGAAAAGGCGGUGGAUACAACCGGACGGCCUUUACCUUUACCACCCUCAAAGCAAGAUAAACAGAUGUCUGUUAUGAGAUCUAAUAUGUAUAAGAGGAGUCAGACCGGUGGUGCGGAGUUUGAUCAUAAUAGAUGGUUGUUUGAGACUAAGGGUACCUAUGGUUACGGAAAUGCUAUUUGGCCUAAGGAAGGAGGAUUUGGAAAUGACGAUGGUGGUGGUGGUGGUGAUCCGGUUCAUGAGCCAAACGAGUUUCUGAACAAGCCUUGGAGGCCUCUUACUCGCAAAUUGAAGAUACCGGCAGCUGUUAUUAGCCCAUAUAGGCUUCUUGUGUUUAUUCGACUGGCUGUUCUUGGACUAUUUCUUGCUUGGAGGGUAAAAAAUCCUAACUCCGAUGCAAUAUGGCUGUGGGGUAUGUCUGUCAUUUGUGAGAUUUGGUUCGCUUUCUCUUGGGUCCUUGACCAGCUCCCUAAGCUUAGCCCGGUUAAUCGUGUUACCGACCUUAACGUUCUGAAAGAGAAGUUUGAAUUGCCCGGACCCAACAAUCCUACGGGAAAGUCUGAUCUUCCUGGAGUUGAUAUAUUUGUGUCAACGGCUGAUCCAGAAAAGGAACCUCCUCUUGUGACUGCGAACACAAUCCUUUCGAUUCUUGCAGCUGAUUACCCAGUAGAAAAGCUUUCAUGCUAUGUCUCUGAUGAUGGUGGUGCUCUUCUUACUUUUGAGGCAAUGGCUGAAGCAGCAAGUUUUGCUAACUUGUGGGUCCCAUUUUGCCGGAAACACGAUAUUGAACCCAGAAAUCCCGAGUCAUAUUUCGCUCUGAAAAGAGAUCCUUACAAGAACAAAGUCAAAUCAGAUUUUGUCAAGGAUCGUCGUAGGAUUAAACGUGAGUAUGAUGAAUUCAAAGUUCGUGUUAAUGGUCUUCCUGAUUCAAUUCGACGACGUUCUGAUGCUUACAAUGCCCGAGAAGAGAUUAAGGCUUUGAAAAUGCAGAGAGAGCAAGCAGGAGAUGAAGCAUUAUUAGAACCUAUAAAGGUGCAAAAAGCAACUUGGAUGGCUGAUGGAACCCAUUGGCCCGGCACUUGGUUACAAUCGGCAUCUGAACAUUCUAAGGGUGAUCAUGCAGGAAUCAUACAGGUAAUGUUGAAGCCGCCAAGUGAUGAACCUCUUCAAGGAUCUCCACCUGGUGAUGAGAUCCCUAUUGAUUAUACUGAAGUUGAUAUUCGUCUUCCGAUGCUGGUUUAUGUUUCACGAGAGAAGCGUCCUGGUUAUGACCACAACAAGAAGGCGGGGGCUAUGAAUGCACUCGUUCGUGCAUCAGCAAUCAUGUCAAAUGGACCUUUCAUUCUUAACUUGGAUUGUGACCACUAUAUCUACAACUCCCAAGCCAUCCGAGAGGGCAUGUGCUUCAUGAUGGACCGUGGUGGGGAUCGUCUUUGUUACGUCCAGUUUCCUCAGAGGUUUGAAGGCAUUGACCCAUCUGAUCGUUAUGCAAACCACAACACUGUUUUCUUUGACAUCAACAUGCGAGCUCUUGAUGGGCUUCAGGGGCCAGUUUAUGUCGGUACUGGGUGUCUUUUCCGUAGGGUUGCCCUUUACGGGUUUGACCCACCUAGGUCCAAGGUACGACAUGGUUUCUGUGACUGCUGCUUUCCUCGUCGCAAGAAGCACCGUGUUGCUGUUGAUUCAUCCUCCGAAGAAAACCAUGCACUUAGAAUGGGAGAUUCUGACGAUGAAAUGGACCUUUCUUUGCUUCCCAAAAGGUUUGGUAACUCGAGCUUUCUUAUUGAUUCGAUUCCUGUGGCGGAGUUCCAAGGACGACCUCUUGCUGAUCACCCAUCAAUCAAGAAUGGCAGACCACCUGGCGCACUAACCAUCCCUCGGGACCUUCUGGACGCUUCUACAGUUGCCGAGGCCAUUAGUGUCAUUUCAUGUUGGUAUGAAGACAAAACCGAGUGGGGUGGUCGUAUUGGCUGGAUUUACGGAUCUGUGACCGAAGAUGUGGUCACAGGUUACCGGAUGCAUAACCGUGGUUGGCGAUCAAUCUAUUGUGUAACAAAGAGGGAUGCCUUCCGUGGGACUGCACCCAUCAAUCUUACAGACCGACUGCACCAAGUCCUUCGGUGGGCCACAGGCUCGGUCGAGAUCUUCUUUUCUCGAAACAACGCUCUCUUAGCCAGCCAUCGAAUGAAGCUUCUCCAGAGAAUUGCUUAUCUUAACGUCGGUAUUUACCCAUUCACCUCCAUUUUCCUUAUAGUCUACUGUUUCCUUCCCGCACUUUCCCUUUUUACGGGUCAAUUUAUCGUCCAAACCCUUAGCAUAACCUUCCUCAUAUACCUCCUCAUCAUAUCUUUAACUCUUUGCUUGCUUGCACUUCUCGAGAUUAAAUGGUCUGGGAUUAAUCUCGAAGAAUGGUGGAGAAACGAACAAUUCUGGCUUAUCGGAGGCACAAGUGCUCACCUUGCCGCUGUUCUUCAGGGUUUGCUCAAGGUCAUUGCUGGUAUCGAAAUUUCUUUCACUUUGACAUCCAAAUCAGGCGGUGAUGACAAUGACGAUGAAUUCAUUGAUCUCUACAUUGUGAAAUGGACGUCUCUGAUGAUCCCUCCCCUUGUGAUCAUCAUGAUUAACUUGAUCGCUAUCGCGGUUGGUUUUAGCCGUACAAUCUACAGUACGAUCCCACAAUGGAGUAGACUACUCGGAGGGGUGUUCUUUAGUUUCUGGGUCUUGGCUCAUCUUUAUCCUUUUGCUAAAGGGCUUAUGGGAAGAAGAGGAAGAACACCCACCAUCGUUUUCGUGUGGGCUGGUCUUAUCGCCAUCACAAUUUCCCUUCUUUGGGUUGCAAUCAAACCCCCAGGUGGCGCUCAGAAUACCGACAUUGGAGGGAGUUUCACUUUCCCUUGAACUUUACAAUUACGUUUUUUUGGGUAUGUUGUAACCGAGACUCGUUAACCUUCGAAAACACGAUCUUUCUAUAUACUUUUUCUUUUCGGGGGUUCAAGUAUUUCUUGAAGUCCCAUGACAUAUACAGGGAAAACCAGGUGGGUGUGGAUUUUGGCAUUGGAUUUUCUUUUGUAAUUGCUACAUUCUUUUGUAAUUUACAUUUUAGAGACAUAAAUAGAAAGAUAUGAUUCAAAAA